UUCCCGGCCUCUCCAUGGGAAUUUUCUCCCGUCGGGUUUUGCUCCUGGGCUGCCUCCUCCUCCUCCUCCUCCUGCUGCUGCCAGGGGGGUGGGGGCAGCGGCGCAGCCACGCCGAGUCGCGGCUCUUCCGCCGCCUUUUCUCGGCCUACAACCGCUGGUCCCGGCCCGUGCCCAACACCUCGGACGUCGUCAUCGUGCGCUUCGGCCUCUCCAUCGCCCAGCUCAUCGACGUGGAUGAGAAGAACCAGAUGAUGACCACCAACGUCUGGCUGAAACAGGAGUGGAGCGACUACAAGCUGCGCUGGGACCCGGCCGAGUACGACAACGUCACCUCCAUCCGGGUGCCCUCCGAGAUGAUCUGGAUCCCCGACCUCGUCCUCUACAACAACGCCGACGGCGAGUUCGCCGUGACCCACAUGACCAAGGCCCACCUCUUCUGGGACGGCACGGUCAAGUGGGUGCCGCCGGCCAUCUACAAGAGCUCCUGCAGCAUCGACGUCACCUUCUUCCCCUUCGACCAGCAGAGCUGCAAGAUGAAGUUCGGCUCCUGGACCUACGACAAGGCCAAGAUCGACCUGGAGAACAUGGACCACCAGGUGGACCUCAAGGACUACUGGGAGAGCGGCGAGUGGGCCAUCAUCAACGCCACGGGCACCUACAACUCCAAGAAGUACGACUGCUGCACGGAGAUCUACCCCGACAUCACCUUCUACUUCGUCAUCCGCCGCCUGCCGCUCUUCUACACCAUCAACCUCAUCAUCCCGUGCCUGCUCAUCUCCUGCCUCACCGUCCUGGUCUUCUACCUGCCCUCGGACUGCGGCGAGAAGAUCACGCUCUGCAUCUCCGUGCUGCUGUCGCUCACCGUCUUCCUGCUGCUCAUCACCGAGAUCAUCCCGUCCACCUCGCUGGUCAUCCCGCUGAUCGGCGAGUACCUGCUCUUCACCAUGAUCUUCGUCACGCUCUCCAUCAUCAUCACCGUCUUCGUGCUCAACGUGCACCACCGCUCGCCCGGCACGCACGCCAUGCCCGCCUGGGUCCGCAGCUUCUUCCUGGGCUUCCUGCCCAGGUGGCUCUCCAUGAAGAGGCCGGCGCCCCCGGAGGGGACGGCGGGGGGACAACGCGAUGGCGCCGGGGCGCGGCUGAGCGCGUCGCGGUGCUGGCUGGAGACCGACGUGGAUGACAAGUGGGAGGAGGAGGAGGAGGAGGAGGAGGAGGAGGAGGAGGAGGAAGAAGAGGAGAAGAAGACCUGUCCCGGCCACCCCGCGGAAUCCAAGGAAGGCCGGUUCCGCUACGGGAAGGGAUCGCGCGGAGCGUCCAAGGGGAAGGAGGAGGAGGAGGAGAAGGAGGAGGAGGAGGAAGGCUCGGAGCGGGGCUUGGCGCUGUCCCCCAGGAUGAUGAAGGCCCUGGAAGGGGUGCAGUACAUCGCCGAGCACCUGAGGGCCGAGGACGCCGACUUCUCCGUGAAGGAGGACUGGAAGUACGUGGCCAUGGUGAUCGACCGGAUCUUCCUGUGGAUCUUCAUCAUCGUCUGCCUGCUGGGCACCGCGGGGCUCUUCCUGCCGCCCUACCUGGCCGGGAUGAUCUAGGGCGGGGCUGGGAAUGGCGGGAACGGCGGGAACGGCGGGAAUGGCGGUGGCCGUGUCCCGCCGGAGGCUGGUGGGGAGGUGGAAGCUGUGGGGAAUCUCCAGUGGGGAUGGAAGGUGGAGAAAGGGAUGGGAGAGUCCAUGGGGGAUGUGGCGGAUGGACGUGAUCCCACCAUCCCAUGAUCCCGUGAUCCUGUGAUCCCACGGUCCCAGGAAGUUGUGGGAGAGGGAUAAGGCUUCAGAAGGGACAUAGACAUGAUUCCAUAAUCCCAUGAUCCCAUGAUCCCACCAUCCCAUGAUCCCACCAUCCCAGGAGGUCACGGGACAGGGAUAACGAUUCGGAUGGUCCGUGCAGAACGGACAUGGACAUGAUCCCGUGAUCCCAUCAUCCUGUGAUCCCACCAUCCCAGGAAGUUGUGGAAGAGGGAUACGGCUGCAGAAGGGACAUGGACAUGAUCCCACAUC